AUGGCCUCCUCUACUAUCACACUACCCAGUCUCCUAACUUUGUGUCUUUUCUUUCUUGCGGCAGAUGGUCAUACUUUGGUAAAAAAGUGUCCGAAUAAAACUCCAAUUUGCUCUCAUGGCCAGUGUUUAAAACACAUUCACUACAGUGGGAGUAAUGUGGUUGAGGAGACGGAAUGCAUUUGCGAUCCCAAUUACUACGGUAAAGCCUGCACAAUUUUAAUCGAAACGGAGUGGGAUAAAUCCGAAGUUGUGAGCCCAGUGGAUACGUCAUACUUCUCCAUGGCUCAUUUUGGCGAUGAUUCAGAAGAUGAGUUUGGCGAAAACUAG